AUUCCACCAACUUCAUAUUCUCUCUCUAAAUCUCUAUUUCUCUCUCUAUCUUAUCCAAAAUGAAAACGACAGUUCAAGAACAGCUGGUCGGAAUUCAGCUGAAAUCAUUGGCUGUCCCACGAGCUAGAAUCUUGCCUGAACCUUCAAAGCAUCUCCACAUAUCUUCUUCAUCAGACGAUGGAUGUCAAACAAUAAAGAAAUAUAAUGGGAAGGAUUGGAUGCUGAAUAGAGCCAACAAAAAUGGAAGAAUGACGAAUAAUAUCAUUCAUGCGCUCCGAGAAUAUGUGAAAUUUGGAGCCAAAAUCUCAGAAACUUUAAAGGGAAAGUUGAGUCUAGGAGCUCGAAUUUUGAGAGUUGGUGGACUCAUAAAAAUUUACAAGAAGCUAUUUUCAGUGAACGAAGGAGAGAAGCUUUUGAAGGCUUCACAAUGCUAUUUGUCAACAACAACUGGGCCUUUGGCUGGCCUUCUCUUCAUCUCCACUCAUAAGAUUGCUUUUUAUAGUGACAAACCCCUCAAAGUUCCUUCUUCAAAUGGAGAUCAUCUUAGAAUUCACUACAAAGUUACCAUUCCACUAGGGCAAAUAAGAAGACAUUUUGAGAGCAAGAAUGUGAAGAAUCCAUCAGAAAAGUACAUAGAGAUAGUGACAAUGGAUGAUUUUGAGUUUUGGUUCAUGGGGUUCUUCAAUUAUCACAAGACUUUCAAGUGUCUUGAAGAAGCACUUUCUCAAGCUUACAAACAUUGAAUAACAAGAGAUAUCAACAAAAGUUGAAAUUUUUGUACAAAUUCAAAGUUCAAUGAGAAAUUUUGUAUUUUGUUCUU